UUUUUGACAGCCAAUCAAAUAAAUAAUUAAACAAUACUACAUACGAUAUUUAUAAUAAAAUAUAUAAGUAUUUGUAACUAAUAAUAGUUGACACCGAUUGUAAAAAGUUUAACAAUAAUCAAUAAAAAAUAAAAUAAUAAACUAGAUACUGGGAUUAUAUUCAAAUUUAUUUAAAUGUCAAGAGAAAGUUUAUUUAUUUUUAAUUAUCGGCAGUAAGUCAAAAAAAUAUAAUAAUGUUUCAAAAACCUGUAAAAACCUACGGGAAAAAAACCCAACCAGUAACGUCAUCAUUUGGUCCAGAGUUGAUGAAAUUAUAUACGAAACGCACAUUUGUACCUAUUACUCCAGAUUCUAGUAUUGAUUUCGAUGAAUAUUUGAGUAAAUCAGCUAAUGACUCAAAUGAUCGCAAUCCAUUUGAAUCAACCUUUGACAGAGUUGUCAGAAGUGCUAAAUUACCAGCAACAGUUGAUACGAAUCUCCAGCUCGUUGACAGCACAACGGAUUCAAGUGAAGAGCCGCUGGAAUUAAUUCCCAUAGAUACUGAAGUGGAGAAAAAUGUUAGUAGACGAAACUCUAGAUCUAAUUCGGAUGAUUUUCGGAAUGAAAAUCCAGCGGAAACAGAAGCUACUAAACAUGGGACAAAAAAAACGUCAGAUGUAAAUAAAUCACAACCGAGUCACAGUCUGGUGGAUUCCGAGUCAAUAGAAUCCAUUGUUCUCAAUGGCCCUGAAACACAAAACUCUAGCAUUGAUUCCGAUGAUAAUUUUCAGAAACCGGCUGGUAAUAAAUCCGGGGAUCAAAGUCCACUUGAAUAUUCAAGUGAAAGUACCAAAUUACCGGCAACGUCACCCCAUGAUCUAAAUCCACAGUUCGUUGAUACCACGACAGAUUCAAACGAAGAGUCAUUUGAGUUUAUUCCGAUUGAUAAUCCAGAAGUCCAGAUAAAUAUAAACGAUAGGCGUAAAUAUAAGAGUAGUAAUUUAGUUGAUAAUAAGAAAGAAGAUAAAGCUGCUAAAAGUUUGCAAGCGAAGACACGUGUGAGAAAACGGCAAAUUAAAAAUAUUGGUAAAGACAGCAGUGACAGCGACGCCAGUGCCAAGUCAUCCCCAGUACGGAAGACGAGGCGUGCGGUCAAUAAAAUUUAUAAUAGAGUUUCUAGAGACAGAGCUGGAUCUCCAGAAGAUAAAAAUAAAAUUGUCUGUAAGAAAGUUACGGGUGUGAAUGAAUUGAAAGAUUGCUGUGUUAAGUUGACGCGGCUGGAGUUGAAAGAAAAUAGAUUUAAUAAUAAUUAUGAUGAUGAAUUUAAUUCUGUUAAUAGUGACGAUUGUCGGGGUGAUGAUGCUAAUGAUGUAGAAGGCGAUGGUGAUGUCGACAGUGAUAUGAAAACGAAGGAAUGCCGGGUAAGAUUAUCGCGGUUGAAUAAUAAUUCAAAAUUAGGCUUGCAAGCGGAUUUAAUGCAGACGUUUUUGAGCAGCACACCUUGUGACCACAGAGUUGGGUUCAAAAAAUUAAAGCCGACUGUAUCGCCGAUACAGUUACCUGGCAGUGAUAAAAAAAAUUUAACGGUACCGCCGACUAUUUUGCUGAAUGACAGCAACGAGUUAUUUGGAGAUGAGGAUGGACGCAGUCCGGCGAGAAAGAGUUCGAAGAAACUGUCGGAGUCUUCUGAGUCCGUGGUCGAGGACACGUUCAGUGAGCAGAAGAAGCCGGCUGUCAAAGUAAAGCUGAGGCUUAACACCGAGGAAGAGGCGAGUAUUAAAUCAGUUGAUUUAUUUUCUAGUUACUCUGAUGAGCUAUCGAACAAAUCGGGUGACAAUGACCCGAGUGUAGUAAACAGUACUGAUGAUAACGUAUUUGAGGGUAAAGAAUUUAAUGAAGACAAUGGAACCACCAGAAGCUCCUCACGGACUUUAAUUGAUCCGACUUUGUCAGUCGGGCAGACAUCAGCUGAUCCUGAUGUCGAGUCAGUGGAAAUUAAUCAAAAUAGUGGGAUUGACAGUUCACAGCUGUACGAAAUGGAUCAAAGGAGUUCGAUUGAUGACUCGGUGUUACUUGAAAUCGAUGAGGGAAAUAUGGUUGAUAAUUCAAAAUCAUUUGGAAUCACUCGGAGGAUGUCAAGUGCUGACACCAACUCAGAAGUUUAUCAAAAUAAAAAUUCGCAAUUAAUUCAAAUGGAUAAAAAAAAUUUGACAGCUGACUCAGAAGCGUCAGAAAUUAGUCAUAAAUUUAUUGGAAAUUCAAAAUUAUUGGAAAUGGAUCAGAGAAGUUCAAUAGCUGAUUCAGAGCCAUCAGAAAUUAGUCACGAUAAAUUUAUUGGAAAUUCAAAAUUAUUGGAAAUGGAUCAAAGAAGUUCAAUAGCUGAUUCAGAGUCAUCAGAAAUAAGUCAAGAUAAAUUUAUUGAAGACUCAAAAUCAUCUAAAAUGGAUCAGCCAAGUUCUCUAAUUGAUGAAAAUUUAAUAAAUCAAAGUGCGUCAGUUAAUAAUACUAGUUCAGUAAUGAUAAUAAAUGAAAACUCGUCAUUAAUAGAAAACAGCAUGUCAAUUACAGAAGAUACUGCUGAUAAAAAUGACUUGAAUGAUUCAUCAGAAACAGACGAUGAUUACCAUUUAGUUGUGUCCAAUACAUCUUCCAAUAAAGAAGACGACAAUUCUCCAGAAGUGUCAAGCCAAGAAGAUGAUGAUAAGAAAGAUGAAGAGGAGGCUGAGUGCAGCGAAAGUAAAAAUGUCAGUAUCAUAAAACCUUCAGAGCCGAUCGUACUUUUGGAGCGGAUUAAUAGUCUUGGGCAUAUCACCAAAAGACGCAGGGAGUACCAGAGUUGGGCGCGGGACCUAGGCGAUAUUGCGGAAAGCUCUGGGCUGGGGUUGUCUCACGUCGCUGAAGAAACGGAAAAAAUCCCUGAGCAUGUUAACCAAAGAAUAUCUCGCAGGAGAAAUGUCCGAAGUACCAAAACCGCGUUGCCAGUGAGAAGAAGUUCCCGUAUAAAAAGCGACCCCAGUGAACUGGAUGACCGACCCAAGAAAAGUAGAGUGGGAUUUUUGGAGCCGAUAUCUGAUCCCUUUGAUGAGGAUGACAAGAAUGAUGACGCCAAAGUCUUGUACUUAAAACCGGGGAAAUCUUGGGCCCGUUCGCUGUCUAUUUUAAAUAACAUCCGCAAGGAAGAGGAUCUCGACUCGAUGUCUACCGGAAACAAAGGAAAGAAGUGGAGACAGAGCGUUCGAAAUGUCUUGAGCAUGCAGCGACAGAGUGUUGUACAAAGUUGCGUAAAAGAUAAAGAAAAUGACAAGAGUGAACGGCAAACAUUUAGCGACAGAUUGUUGGCAUCAAAACGCAGCAAUGCUCCAAAGGUAUCGAUAGUUAAUAAUAAUGAAGCUGUUGAAUCUGGAGCCGGACGUUUUUUCAGGCGUAUGUCGAUACGCGUUGUACCUAACAGCAAUAAGUACAGUAUAGUAAAUGAUAAAAUAAUCGAAGACUCGUCAUUCCUCAAAGUCUUUGGUAUUUCGACUGACAAGAAUGACGAGGUCCAAAAAAAAUCACUCGCGGCAAAAGAUUCUCUGGUUUAUCAAUUACGAUGUUCAAGUACACCAGCGCUGGACGUCUUACCAGAACCAGUUUCUGCUAGAAAUGUUGUACUUCAGCGAUGCGAUCAGACAGACAGUUUACCUUUCGAGACAUGCUAUCCUGACUCAUAUUUAAAAUACUGCCGCAAAAUAGGAGAAGGAGUCUACGGCGAAGUGUUUCUCUAUGAUAAUAAAAAAGAUAAAUCUGUUAUUAAAAUAAUUCCUAUUGAAGGCAGCGAGCUCGUUAAUGGCGAGCCGCAAAAAAAAUACGGGGAAAUUUUGUCUGAAAUAAUAAUUGCUAAAGAACUACACAAUUUAAGAUUUAAUAAAAUAUAUCAAACAAAUGGAUUUGUCGAAGUUAAAAAUAUAAGAUGCAUUGUUGGUAAAUAUCCACAUAAAUUAUUAGAGUUAUGGGACACUUAUGAUGAGGAAAAAAAUUCGGAAAAUGAUUCCCCGAGUAUGUUUACCGAUGACCAGAUUUAUAUUGCACUAGAACUUGGUAACGGUGGUCAAGAUAUGGAAGCUUUUGUGUUUAAUAAUUCUGCUGAAGCUUACAUAACAUUUUUACAGGCGGCAUUGGCACUCGCGGUAGCGGAAAAGUCACUAGACUUUGAACAUCGCGACAUGCAUUGGGGAAAUAUUUUAAUUUCACGUACGAAUGAAAAACAAGUGUCUUGUCGACUCGGUAAUGAAGAAAUAAGUUUACAAUGUAAUGGUAUAAAAACAACAAUUAUCGAUUUCACGUUGUCGAGAAUGUCGUAUCAAGGAUGCUGUAUGUUCAAUGAUUUGUCUCUCGACCCGGCGUUAUUUACUGCUGUCGGCGAAUAUCAGUUUGAUAUUUACAGAUUAAUGAAAGAAAAAACUGAAAACAACUGGCAGUCAUUUGUACCUUACACAAACAUCCUCUGGCUACAUUACACCCUCGAUAAAAUGGUGACCGCUGUAAGGUAUAAAAAUGUAACGUCGAAAAUUCACAAACAGUCAAUCCAAAAACUCGAGGAAUUAAAAAGUACAAUACUCGAGUACGAAAGUGCCUUUGAUUUUAUAUCUAAUUGUGAUAAAUUGACAAGUCUCAGACGUUCUAUUUGUUAAUUUAUCUCUAAUUAAUAAUAAUAGUAAUUAAUAUUAUUAUUGUUAUAAAAUCUACAGUAUUCAAAAAUAAAUGUUCUCAUGUUAAUUAUGAGUGCAAUAGAAAAAUUUAUUUGAAAAAUUCAAAUAUUUAAAAUACAAGAGCCAACGAUCAAUUUUAAAAACUCAACUUUUAUUAUGCCAUAAAAAAAAACGUUUAUUUAUUUUGUAGCUCAAAGACAUGAAAGUCUGAAGUCAAUAUUUUCAAUUACACAAUUUAUACUUAAAUUUUUUUUACUAAUAAUUUAUCACAAUAAAAAUAUAUGUCGUUUAAAUUUUUGUUAUUUAAAGUAAACUCAAGUUAAUAAAUUAAGGAAUAGAAUUUAUUAAAGUUUAGGUAGGAAAAUAUUUAUUAGUGUUUAAUAAUUAUAAGUAAGUUGCAGUUGAGCGUCAGCAGCAUUCAUCCAAUUGAUUGUAUAUUUUUUAAAUCAUAAUCCACUGUUCUAAAAUUAGCAUCGCUGUCCGCAAAUUAAUAUUUUUUAUUUUGUACCAAUCACUUGACGACUCAAUGAUCUAUCAAUUUAUCUUCCGCUGUUAAAUUAAUAAAUUAUUAUAAAUAAUGAUAAUAAUACUCAUAGACUUAAUUAAUGUUAUCUAUUAACAAUUUAAAAUAUAUUUACAUGCACAGUAACAAUUAUUAGGCUCUUCAGAUUCUAAAUUUAAAUUAUCAAUGUUACUAGCUAUUGUCAUCUCCAUCAUUAUAUUGUUCAGUUGACCUGUCCUGAUUUUUAUCACUCAGGGCUUGCGAAUCUAUUAAAUUUUAUUGAGUAUAUUUGUAACAUUAAUUUUUAAAUAUAAAAUAUAAGAAAUUGUAAUGCCAUAGUAUAGGCCAUUAGCAAUAUGUCUCAUAUUUAUUUAUGCAUUGAGAACGCUCUCAAUGUCCCCCAUAUUUCAAAAAUAACCAAUGACUUUUCACUGCGGUAUCUAUGGUUUUAAGGAACUUUUUUUUCUUCGGGUCAAGAUCCUAGGCUGCAGUAACGAGAGUAGUUCGGUGGUCGCCACAAGAUAGCGCCCAGCCACUUGUGGUGUCCCUGGUAAGAUAUAUUUCAGAAUUUUUAUAUGUUAAACUUGAAAACCAAUUAGGUCAUGGUAUUCCUGUUUGAUUUGACAGAUUAUCAAGAGCCUUUUUUAAAUGUAAAUUAGUAGAUUCUUCAUUACAUCAUGCUCUUAUUGUUUCCUCGAUAUUAAAAAAAAACAAAUUUAAGGUACUUUACUUAGGUAAAAUAACCAAACCCUAACUUUUCAAAAAGUUUCAUGUCUUGAUUUUACAUAUUCAAAUUUAGUGUUUUCCAGACCAAAUAAACUUGAUUCAUUAAUUGGUAGUGAAAUUUGCGUUGACUUGAAUCAGCAAGGAUAUAAAUAAAUAUCAAAUUUAUUGUAUAAAAUGAAAUAAAAUAAAUAAAAUUUAAUAUAAUUUAUUAAAUUAAUUUAAUUUAUUUUAUAGAAUUAAAUUUGUUGGGUCUCAAAUUUAUUAUCUUAAAUAGAUCUUAAACAAUGAAGUACCAGUUGAUUGCUAGUUUUCUUGGUUGGGUCAGUCAAUUUGUG